AUGAGUCUCUCGUCGAUGUUCUCGUCGUUCUUCACCGUCCACGCGGACGCCCCUGAGGAGAAGGAGGCGAAGGAGGAGCCUUCCCAGGAGGAGGAGGCCGAGGAGGAGCCCGCCCAGGAAGAGGAGGAAGAGGAGGAGCCCGAGGACCCCCUGCCCGCCAUUGUGGAGGAGUGCGAGCAGUCGGCGAAGUGCGCGCCCGCGCUGCACCACUUCCAGCACUGCGAGGAGAAGGUCAACGCUGGCGAGGGCUACAAGGGCGAGGACUGCGUUGAGGAAUUCCUCAUGCACUGCGUCAACGGUUGCACUGCGCCAAAACUCUUCUCCAAGCUCAAGUAG